GGGGUGAACGUGGUAAUGCCUUUCCGCUAUUUGCGUUUCCUAAUGUACGUGCUAUGUAUUUCGCCAUCACGUAAUACUGAUUCAUAUACCGAAAAAGUGGGCAUAGAAAAAUUAGUGGCCUGCAUCACUAAUUUGUAUUUUGAUGCAGUUCGAAAUGAAGCCUGACAUAUUACUGCCUUUUUCAUAUUACCGUAAGAACCAGCUUUGUGUAUUUCAAGUUGUUGUCGUAAACUGCAAAUUUCCUGCUGUCGUCGGGAUUUCGUCCUCAGACAAUGUUGAGAUCUCUGAUGAGAUGUUAUCCAAGUUCGGUCCAGACUUGCCUCGAAGAUUGACCGUUCAACUACCAACCCGAGUGAUUCCGGCCAAGUCAUUGAGAAUACAGAUUAUGACUCCGAUGGACCCGGUUCUUUUGCCUCUUUUGGAAAGUAGUCUGCAUUACAGGUUGCAGAUGUCACACACCAUGGUUGGAACAAAGCAGACUAUUCGAGCGCUUGGAGAUUACUUCAGUUUGCUAAUCGUCGAGGCCGUUUCAGUAUCUGGAGAAGCGUUCUCCAUUCAAAACACCAGGCAAACAAUUCUAAAGGAGGAUUAUGACUUUCAUCCACAUCUCAGCGACCUAAGUUUUCCCUCUGAGUCAUUCAACAACAGUGAUAAUCUUUGGUCAUGUGAACUUAUUCAGUCACUCACUGAUCAAUCUGUUUUUAAAAUUGGUUCUUCUACCAAGUUGAUCUUGGUCCAAGCUGAAGCUCCACUUAAUUUGUCAUUUGGGUUUGGAGGCUCUAAGAUUUCCAAGUUGAUACCAAAAGGCAAUUACAUGAAUAGUUACUUGUUUGGGUUGGACAUGGUUAGAGAUAUGAUUCUUGGCUAUCUCAGAAACUUCCUAUUAACAUGUGUUCAUGGAAAUGAAACUGUUUUUUCUUCCAAUAUAACGCCUGGGAUUAUCCUUUAUGGACUCCCUGGCUGUGGAAAACGUACAUUUCUUGAGGAUAUUGCCAAUGACCAAAUCCACUCAAUUUCAACAAAUGGGUCCUCGUAUGAAAAGCCAGUAUUCGUUACACUUACAUCUAAAUUGGUCACCGAGUUAACUAAUAAAUCUCAUCAUCAUGGCUAUCGCUGGCUGACGAACAUGGUUGGGCAAUUAGAUGUCAGUAACAGAAACUGUAUUCCUGUAGUUAUUUUAUGGCCUAACAUCGACAAGUGGAUCGAUAACGAUGAAAAUAUAGAUACUAAUACUCAUUCUACAGCUGAUACGGAUGCUGAAUCAAAAAUGAUUCCCAACAUUUUAGAAAGGUUUAUCGAAUCAAUCCAAUCGGUUAGCCAGAGUUUGGUUCACAGUCAAAAGUCAACAUGUCGAUUUUGCAUCCUAGCAACAGCCACUACGAUUGACAAAGUUUUUAGUGUUCAUGAAUGCAGGGAACUAUUUUAUAGACGUUUGUUAAUAUCACUCCCCGAUGCAAGUAAACGUUAUCAGAUUUUGUAUCACAAUAUCCAAGCGUGUUUGAGUCAUGGGACUAAUUCCAUGUCUAGUAGUGAAUCUCCUGACGGUUCCAUUGUGAAUAUUCAGUCAUGCGAGAUAACAGAUGAAAAUGAAAGUCUUAUUCAGGUUGCGGCUCGACUACAUGGUUAUACGCCCAAGGAUUUGGUUCGCUUGGUUCAUGUCAGCUACGCAACCUUCCUAUCCAAACAGAACGACAGUUCAAAAGAUUUUCCCAGAACCAGAAACUUUCAUCAAUCAUUGAAUUUGUUCUGUGAAAUUUUGAUGAAUGAAUCUUAUUCAUAUUUGCCGAUAAAUCUUUCUCAACAUAUAACCUCAGUGGAACCGUUAAGGUGGACUGAUAUUGGUGGAUAUCGUGAACUGAAGCUCAUAUUCAAAACUAUGAUACAGGAUCGUUUGGUUAGUGCUGCCAAACCCAAUAGCGUAGAUGCACAAGCGGACGCUGCUCUGCGUCUUCGUGUACCUCGUGGGAUAUUACUUCAUGGUCCUCCAGGUUGUUCCAAAACUAUGUUUGUGCGAGCUUUGGCUACUGAAUGUCAACUCCCGCUAAUCGCAGUUCAGGCAUCUAGAAUAUUUGGUCGUUAUGUUGGUGACAGUGAACGUAACAUGCGAAGAAUUCUUGUACAUGCUCGUGCUUCUGCUCCUGCUAUUUUAUUUAUUGAUGAAAUUGAUUUGUUGCUUCCUUCCCGAAAUUCAGGAGAAACAAGUGCAAGUGAACAUGUCUUAGGUGAAGUCCUAAUGGCUAUGGACGGAGUUGAAGGUCAAAAUGGACAAGUAAUUCUCGUAGCAGCAACUAACAGGAUGGAUAAUUUAGAUUCUGUGAGUAAUUAUUGUUUGAUCUAACUUUUUAAAAACAGCUUUCAUAACUGGCGGUUAUAAUCUGAAUAAACACUGGAAACAUGCGAGUAGUAAUCGAUCGUUUUGUCUUAGGCUGAAAUUCCUCAGCUAAAUGCGCUUACCCCACACAGGACUGAACUCACCUGAGGACCUUCAGGUUUCGUGUCCCACCAAACAUUUAUUAAUUUAGCAGAGAUCCAUUGUUUAUCAUUCCUCUACUUUUAACUGGACUAUAGUCAAAACGUAAUUUCCCAUGAAAAUUGCAUUUGGGAAUGCUAGAUCCACAGAAGUCACCUGGUAAAUAUCCCAAUUUUAUCUUGGGAACUUGAGUUUCUCAUUUUCAUGCCAAAAACUACCACUUUUAGCUGCAGUUUUAUUUCCCACUCAGAAAGACCUUAAAUGUCAUUGGUUCGUUCCCUUUUUUAGUACGCUAUUUUGUGACGCUUGUCAAGGACAUUUUUGUACUGUAUAUAUACGCAUGAGUUGUGGGCUUGUUUAUUCGUGCUUUCGACUGCUUGUGUAAUAUACAUUCCCCCAGCUUAAUCUGGUGUUCUCCCUCUAGUUAACAGGGAUGGGGUGCAGUGGAAUAGUUUAGCUUUUCCUGUUGUUGUGUUGCUGACUUUCGUUCCGUUCGUCGGCUUCAAGUGAUAUCGUAAUCUCUUCAAACGUAGCAGAUAAUUAUCAAGAUGUCCUAGUUAGAUUUAAAAGUGCAUUUUGUUACUGCUGACUUUCAAUGUCUGGGUAAGUGAAACUUGCACAUGUGAUUGGCACCUACAACAUUAAGAGAGAUAAUUCCAGUUGGAUUGAUAAUCAAGAUGUCUAGAGCAAAAGUGAGCAAACAAUUGUUGUCGAUUUCCUACAUGAUACAUAGUGACUUUCUCAAGCUUAUAAAACAAGUUUCGGUUAAUGAAAAGAUGUUUGAUAAGGCAAACGUUAAAAAGAUGCCUAAUAUUGACAAGGUAAUUACAUUUAUCUGAUUUCCCACCAAAAGCUAGUUAUAAACCUCGAAAACUGAUUUAACAUGUACAUCAACCUUAUUUAGAGAAACGUGUCACAUUUAAUCAGUAUAGGAGUACAAGCAAAGAGUAAAUAGGUGUGAUCACUUGGCAUCUGCUGUGAAUUUUAGCCUUGCGAUAUCAAGUAUCGUGUAAAUUUAAUCCUGAUACAUAAUUGUAUAGAAAUGCCGAAUUGAUUGAUAAAAUAGUCUUCUGAGAUGGUUAGAAUGUAUUUCACACAUCCCCAGUCACCACCCUUCAACACGCAUUACUGUCUGAAACAGGAGUUAGGAAUGGUAAAAAACAAUUCAUGAAGCAAUCGGCCAAUAUUGAUCUGUCGUGCUGGGAAAUGUAGAAUUCUUUGUUGAGGUUUGGAAUAAUUGUAAUAUAUAUAGUUGGAGUUCGGUUAAAAAUUAACUCAUUCAUCAUGUACCUGAAUAUAAGCGACACUCUAAGUAUGAAAGCUAAUGAUGACGUCAGUUUGCUUAAACUGAAGUAGAUGAACGGGGAUUCAGACCAGGUUCUUGGUGGCUGGAAGUUAAACACCAUAACCUCUAGGUCUACUGCUCUACGUCAUUCAAACCAGUUGUAUACCGUUCACUCCAGUUGAUGUCAUUACCUCGAUUCGAUUACAUUAUCUCUUGAUCACUUCCUCUUUUUCUGGACAUACGUAAGUCGUGGCCAACUGAAUCGAAUUAUUCUUAAAUUAGGUUCAGUGAUUUAUUUUCUGCAUUCGUACAUAUUUUCACAUCUGUUUGCAAAAAGAAUUACAAUUAUUCUUUGUUCGUUAUCUUCAGCUUACUAGGAAUAACUUUUUAUGCUUUUCUCCCAGGCUUUAAGUCGCGCUGGUCGUUUUGAUUUAGUCAUUGAAGUAUCACCACCUGAUGCAGAAGCUCGGACAGAUAUUCUACGUUUAGAAUUAUCAAAACGUGCACUAAAAGAUAAAUCAUUAUUAAAUUCUAAAUGGUUAAAUUUAUUCGCUACAAAUCAAUUGAAUAAUUAUACAGGAGCAGAAGUUGUCCAAGUAGUUCAACAUGCUGCUCAAAGUGCUCGUCAAGAUAAUUCUAAUCAAAUAUCUAAAAAACAUCUUCUACAUGCUCAAAUUCUUUUGCCUCCUCGUUCACUUUCAAAUUAUUUCUCUCAAAGAAAAAUAAUAAACAACCAGGUGACUAUGUCAACCAAUAAUAAUUUGUUAUCAAUUCGUCAUAAAAUUUUAAUUUUUCCAGUUUUAAUUCUAUGUAUUGCUAUUACUUUUCAACUGGUUUAUAUCAACAAUAUAUCUAAAGUUAUAUGAAAAGAUGUACUUUAUUUCUGAAGAUAUUCAUAGUGUUUGAUCAACUCAGAUGUUGUUUUUUCCCUGUGAUUACACGGGUGUCAUAUUCUCUUUUUUUAAUAUUUUGAAAUAUAUUUGUACAUUUUUAUUAUAGGACAAUAACGCUAUGAGAAUUCUGCCAUAUAUUCCUAUUAUGUACUACAAGUAUAGGAAAAUGACUUGUUCAUUAUUUUUUUUACAAAAUUUUAUCUGUAUGGUUUGCCUGCGAUCAACUUAUUUUGAAGUCGAUCCUUUAGAGAGUGCUGCAAAAAUGUACAUAUCAAUGAAUUAGCUACGUACAAGUAUAUAUCCAUUUUAG